AUGAAUCACCUUCUCAAGCUUCCCAAAAAACUUUCUCUCUCCGUCGGUGGACCUCUACGCCGAAGAGAUAUUUUCCGGCUUUCACCAUCCUUCGCCAUCGUUGCCGUCCAGUCUCUAUCCUGCGUCGUCUUCACAUAUCUGAGCGCCAAAGAAAGAGAGACUGAAGCGAAAGAGAAAUUGUGGGAGAGGUUUCAUGAAACAGAUCAGUCGAAACGUGUUGCAACUCACUCGCCCUUCUUCAGGUUGGAUGGCCACUGCAUUGCUCGUUUUGUGCCAGUAGGUGGAGAGGGAAGUAGUGAGUUGAGAGGAACGGUGAAGAAGAGAAUAUAG